CGUUACGGCUGACAACCGCAGAGGGAAACGUCGUCUCUUUCUCUUUCUUUCUUGCUUUCUCUCUCUAACUCUCUGCAAAUUCGAGUUGAAGGUUAGGGCUUAGGAGAGUCCAAAGCCACCGACCUUAGAACGAGCAAGACGACCCAAAACGACGCCGUUCUAACACCCUUAUCGUGGAACCGGUCGCAGGAGAUUUUCUAGGGUUCCUUUCAUGUCCUGUGAAGCUUUCAUGUCUUAUGAAUGGAGAUUACCUCUAGUUUCUCUCAACCCUUUUUUGUAGCUCUACUCUUCACUGCGCUCUGCUUUGUCCUCGCCCUCCUCACCGUCCGAUCGUUCCCGCACCGCCGCCGCACUUCUCAUCUCGACCCAAAACCAGUUGAAUCGAACGGCGGAGAAGGAAGCUUGAAAGCGAAAAACGAGAAACUCUGCAACUGUAGCUGUUGCUGUCGCAGUAAAGGCAGUUCUGAGUCCGAAACGGCGCCGUAUUUGAAUGGUGGCGGUGGUACGGAGAUGUUGGAGAACGGAGCGGUUUUGAUUGAGAGACAGACUGGCGCUUCGAUGAUGGAGCAGUUGGUUCCGGAGAUUACAACGCAUGCGCUUAGCUACUUGGACUACCCUAGCCUCUGUCGUCUUUCGAUGACUAAUUCUUUGAUGCGGAAGGCUGCGAACGAUGAUAAUGCCUGGAAGGCUCUCUAUCACAAGGAUUUUACAUUGGAACAGGAUAGUAUAACACCAGUGAAUGGGUGGAAAGCCUACUAUGCUGCUACAAGGGCAAUUGUGAAUAUAAACAAUGAUUUCUUUAGCAUCAUUAGAGAAAGGUCUCUUACAGCAAUGAGAUGUUUUUGGCUGAAUGCAGAUUACGUGAAAUGUGUUCAUGCCUCGGGAGAACUCUUUUCAGGGUAUAAUGCUGUGAUACAAAGUUGGCAGUUUGCCUUUAAUUGGGAUCAAGGAGUCAACUUUCAGAUUAGGGAUGUUCGAGCUCGGGUACUUACAGACAUGGCUUGGGUUACCAUGAAAACAUUCGUUGAUGUGGACACCGGCCCUUUUAAUGUGACUAAUGUCUUCGAGUUCCAUAACGGACGAUGGUAUAUGGUGCAUCAUCACAGCUCUGUAAUGGAAGGAGAAUUGGAGCAACAGAUUCUCCAUGGGUAAUCAAUUCAAGAAAAUAAUAAUUCAUAGCAAUGAUAUACUAAAUACUAGUUACAAAGAAUAGUGGUACUUAUUUGCAAGAGCAAGUUUCUUGAAUUCACUGUGAUUUCUCUUGCAGAUCCUUUUUAAUCUUUUUCUCCAACAGCAGUUUUUUUUUUUUUUUGGUAGUAUGGUCAAGAGGUCAUUUUUUCUUUCUUUCCCUUUUUACCCUUUUUCUUCAUUUUCCUUCUUUCUUUGAUCAUAUAUUGACUAUUAUUUUCAACAAUUCUUUCUGGAAUUAUUGCUUCAAUACACACACCUUCCUUGCCUUGGUUUUGUCUGAGAGGGUUUUGAGAGAACCAUUGUGGUUUUGAAGCAAAUGGUUUUUCCGGAAAAGGGUGAAUUUGAGUUGAGUUCCGGAAUUGCGAGUAAAUUAAUUUGUAAAGGAAAUUGUAAAUAAAAAAAAAAUUAUGCAAGUGAAGUGAUUUGUAC